AUGGAGCUCCAAGAUUCGCAAGGCACACCAUUCAUCUAUCGUGAUAGAUCGAAAACGAUCGACGAAAGAGUCUCAGACCUUAUCAGCCGCAUGACACUGCCUGAAAAGGCCGGUCAGCUCUUUCACAACAUGCUUGUUCCUGGACCAGAGGGUUCACUUGCGACAGCGAAUUCCACUUUUGGCAUUGAAGAUACGAGACAUCUCAUUGGCACAAAAUUUAUGACCCAUUUCAACCUUCUCGGCCCGGUCAGCGACCCGUCUAUGGUUGCCACAUGGCAAAAUGCCGUGCAAGACUUUGCUCUUUCACAAACACGGCUGGGAAUCCCGAUUACGUUCUCUACAGAUCCUCGGAAUCAUUUUACCGAGAAUAUAGGGACGUCCUUUCAGGCUGGUCACAUGAGCAUGUGGCCGGAAACUCUAGGAUUUGCUGCCCUACGCGAUCCAAAGCUUGUGGAGCGAUUUGCUGAUAUCGCGAGACAAGAAUAUCUUGCCCUAGGCCUGCGGACAUCUCUGCAUCCACAAGUGGAUUUGGCAACGGAGUAUCGCUGGGCCCGAAUCAAUGCUACUUUCGGCGAAGAUGCGGAUUUGUCAGGGGAGCUUGUUCAGGCAUAUAUCAAAGGGUUUCAAAAGGGCAAAGAAUUAGGGACCCAGAGUGUCUCGACUAUGACCAAGCAUUUCCCUGGAGGGGGUCCACAGAUGAAUGGAGAGGACCCGCAUUUUAUCUAUGGCCGUGAGCAGUGCUAUCCCGGAAAUAACGAAGAGUAUCAUCUGGAGCCGUUCAAGAAAGCAAUAGAAGCGGGUACCCGUCAAAUGAUGCCGUAUUAUGGCAUGCCGGUUGGUACCGAGUGGGAGGAAGUCGGGUUUGCCUUCAACAAGUCUGUUAUCAGUGGACUAUUACGAGAGAAGCUUGGCUUUGAAGGUAUUAUUUGCACGGAUUGGGGCCUUAUCACCGACACUGCUAUCCUGGGCCAAGAUAUGCCAGCCCGCGCCUGGGGCUGUGAAGGGCUGUCAGAGCUGGACAGAACCAGAAAAAUCAUCGAGGCCGGAUGUGAUCAAUUCGGAGGAGAAUCGCGUCCAGAACUGGUCAUUCAACUCGUGGAGGAUGGGAUGAUACCAGAAAGCCGCAUUGACAUAUCUGUUGCACGCAUUAUGCGGGAGAAAUUCGCCCUUGGGCUUUUUGACAACCCAUUUGUUGACGUCAAAGCAGCUGCGGACAUCGUAGGUCAGACUCAGUGGAAAGCCGAGGGUGAAAUGGCUCAGAGGCGGGCCCAUACGCUUCUAAAAAAUGAUGGUAACAUUCUUCCCCUACACGAAGAAGAUUACCGUUCCAAGACGUUCUACGUGGAGGGCGUCAGCGAGGCUGCUGCUCGGGCUAGAGGCCUCAGAUUGGGCUCACUCGAACAAGCAGACAUUGCCAUUGUUCGACUUCGUUGUGCUUAUGAACCUCGUCCAGGUGGCUUUGAGGCUCACUUCCAUGCUGGGUCAUUGGAAUAUUGUACCGGAGAACAAGCUCGACAGGCAAACAUAUUUUCUAAGGUCCCCAUCAGCAUUGUGGACAUUUAUCUCGAUCGUCCCGCUGUGCUAUCAGAGGUUGCUAGCCAAGUCACAGCUUUGUCAGUGAGCUUUGGGAGCAACGAAAAUACAUACCUUGAUGUCAUAUUUGGAACUAACGGGGCAGCCCCAGAGGGCAAGCUUCCAUUUGACCUCCCCAGAUCCAUGAAAGCGGUGCAAGAAAGCAGGGAAGAUGUCCCAUUUGACACUGAGCGUCCUCUUUACAAAUUUGGAUGGGGCUUGAGCUACGAAGACACAUAUGAAACCCAAUAG